AACAGAUCAAAAUCAUCAUCAGCCUUCAGGAACACGAAGAAAUUGUGGUUUUUCUACCAAUUCUGACGAGAAGCUAGCUAUUUUUGCGCGCUGCCUCUGGGGUCGUAAUCGGUGUCCCUUUAUUUUAUUUUUUUUUCUGCUGCUCAACUUCUGUCAUCGAAUGAUGCAACCGUCGAGAUUCGGUCCGGCCUGUUGAUACCGGAGCUGAUGAAGGGUAAAAAUCCGCAUACGGCGACAAUCUUGAUGACCGACCCCGCAGCAGCGAUGGCGGCCGGCAUCGUAUUUAAUUGAUCAACAUUCAUCAUUCUUCUACGAAAAUAUGCAGCCACCGACGUGUCGGUGCAGUGAGUUGCGGUUGCGGUUUCAGCCAAGUUAGCUUGCAUUGGGAAGGUACCGCCCGUUGUGAAUGUCACCGAUACGUUUUCAGUGCACUGAAACGAGUUGAUUGGAAGGCUGCAGUUGGCGUGCAAAAGCUAAUGCAAACCCAGCAAUUUCUGAGGUUUUGAGUUGAAGUGAUGUUUUUAGAACUGCAGAUAGUUUCAUUUCUCGGCCGAAUGAUCAAAACCGAUGAUGUUUUAUUUUUUUUUACAAAUUGAGUGAAAUUUGCUCAAGAAUAACCAGUGUAUGGUUUUCGUGUAAUGUUCACACUAAUCUAGUUGCCCAGGUGAGAUGAACCGUUAAUGGUCUUAGCGGUCUGUCAACAGCUUUUAAACGUGGGUUCUGUUCGAUGGGCGCGAGAACUGAUUCGCAUUUGGAUGCAGGCUCGGCACAUGGUUAGAGCCACCAGAGCGGGCUGAUUUAUGGUAUUUAAUUACCGCGCAGGAAAACCAGUGCCAACGGCCGGUGGCUUUUGUGAUACGUGACGAGGGGUCCGGCGGAACGUGCAAACGCCAGUCCGCUCCAGCAGAAAGAGGAGAAAAGCGUCUUUUUUUUCCUUUUUAGGUAUUGAGCAUGAAUUGAAAAAAAAAAAAAUGAACGAAGAGUAGCAGCAGCAAUCGUUUAGAAACAAGUGGAAAGUAGAAAAUAAUCAACAAGUGCUUUAUGGUGGUAGAAAUUCUGAGCUGUUCAGUGUCAAGUGCGUCGCAGAAGAAAAUGGGACGAGUGGCGGAAAAAAUUGAAGAAAAAAACGAGGUGCGUGAAGUGAAUUGUUGCAAUUAAUGCGAGAAGAGUACGUGGAUAAAAAAACCGUACAACUGUGAAAAAACCCAAGCGAGACCUUCUUCUGCUCGUUCAGUUCAGGUUGGUUGAACUCGGUCAAGUUCGAGAAAGUCUUGCAAGAGCAAGAAGCAAAAAAAAACAGCGAAGCAAGAUGAAAGAGAAAAGGCUGCACUUGUUGGCGGUUAGUGCAUUGCCAAAAAUGUGUGGCCCACUUUUGGCCGGCACUUUGUUGGUGCUGUUCAGCGUCUCCGUCGGUGCCGCUCAACGGCAGCCGGUGUACAUCAACAAGUGCUGCCGAGUCGGUGAAUAUUACGACGACGUGCAGCAGCUGUGUGUGGCCGGCGGCAUUGAGAAAUGGGUUCCGAAAGUGUUCCUCCCGGCAAAAAAUCAAAUUUAUACCGACGUCGGUAACGCUCCGGUGCAUAUGAAAUUCCUGGAAAACAAACGACCCGAGGGAUGCAAGGUUAGUGCCUACACAACGGACCAAAUCUUACUGAUGGGGAACGGAUCUCUGUUUCUGAGCCAGAAGCAUGCCUUAGUUUCCUCACCCGAAUAUUGCGUGGACGAGAAAGUGGCCCUGGUUUGCGCACGGGACAACGGAAUGGAUUCGCUGCAGGCACCGGAAAAGACUAGCUCCGUGUGGCGUUGCUGUGGGCCAGCGUUUGCCUACGACAAGGAAAAUCAGACCUGCGUUAAGCUGGACCAAUCGCACGUUAGCUACAGCGCCCGGAUUGUUUCCUCCACUCACGUGGAUCUGAGCUUCCGCUUCCCGGACUGCAAGGAACAUGCCAUCGCUGGCAUAUUCAAUCCGGAUAAUCUCCAGGAGGACACCGGUUCGGUUACGAUCGAUUCGGGCAAGAUUUUCGCCUCCCACGAGUACUGCUUGGAGCAGGCACUGGACGGGAAGACGGUGUACGUGUUCUCCUGUGUGGAACAUCUGCAGCCGGACUCGGUGCCGAUAAAGAAUCAGGAUGUCCGGUUUGCCCUCUAUUCGGCGGGUCUGCUGAUUUCGGUUAUCUUCCUGGCGGCCACUUUGGCGACCGGUUACUUGGUGACUUCGCAGCAUCACGUUCUGCACUGGCGCUGUCAGACACACUACGUUGCGUGUCUCCUCAUCGGCGAUCUGUUCCUGGCAAUCGUUCAGCUGUCCGGGAAUUCGAUCACCGGUCCGGCCUGCACAAUGAUAGCUAUUAUGAUGCAUUUCUUCUUCUUGGCAGCCUUCUUCUGGCUUAAUACAAUGUGUUUCAACAUUUGGUGGACAUUCCGUGAUUUACGCCCGACGUCGCUGGAGAAGAGCCAGGAGAUUUGUCGUCUACGGAUUUACGAGGUGUAUGCCUGGGGCGUGCCGCUUGUGAUUGCCGGCGUGGCAGCGAUUCUGGACAAUCUGCCGGACACCGUCUAUCUGCGGCCGAGGUUCGGCGAGAGAACUUGCUGGUUCUAUGGUGAUAUGGAGAUACUGACCUACUUCUUCGGUCCGGUUGGCAUUCUGCUGUGCAUUAAUUUGCUCCUGUUUGCAUCCACCGCCCGGCAGCUGACCUGCGGUCUUUGGAAGCGAGACGAUGUCAAAUCCACCACGGAACGCAAAACCAAAAAAUACCGCGGUCUGGUUUCUUCUCCCUCUUACAGCGCCGCCCUGGGCCGAGUCUGCAUGAAGCUGGUGGUGGUGAUGGGCGUCACCUGGGUCGCCGACGUGGCAUCCUGGGUGUUUGGCGGCCCGGACUACAUCUGGCUGGUGACGGAUCUGAUCAAUGCACUGCAGGGAGUCUUCAUCUUCAUCGUCGUCGGCUGUCAACCGCAGGUCUGGUCCGCGAUGAAGCGCCUGUGGAACUCUAAAACGGGCCGCUCCUUCACCAACACAACCCACGGUCCGCAGCAUUCGAGUUCCUCCCACGGGCUGCCCUCGAUGGGCGAAUCGGUUACGAACAAUACCUGCACCAACAAUACGACCACGACAACCAACUCCCAGAACCGGGUGCCCAUGGAGACGGUCUGCUAGACCGCCUCACUAACAAAUCUACGAAGAAUACCUAAGAUAUUUUACUCCUCCUGGUCGGCUUUUCCCCUCCUUGCGACGACUAGACCUAGAUCUAGUGUGCUUUAUCUAGUAGGCGUUUACCUUUUUUUUGUUCUGUUUGUUCAUUAGCAACCGGGAGGAGACCGCUGACAAUAGGCAGUAGGGUUUAAGAAUUUCUUCGGGAAGUUUUAAAGCGCAUUUACAGCAAUACUGCCAAUCUGAGAAGGUUUAGACCAUAAGUGAGACUAAAAGGCUUCUGCUAGUAACACGGGAAACGUUGUUUUGAACUGAGAAGAUUUGUUGUCAUUGAAAAAAAAACAAUAGAAGGCUUGAAUUUUUUGGUUUUGUGUAAAUAUUAGUUGGCUUUCGCGAAACUUCGUGCUUUUUCUGUAUAUUUUUGUAACAAAACUGCCUUAUCUUGUGCAAUUAUUUCAAGAAAUCGGCACGUUGGAAUGUAAUUUUUUUUUUGUAUUUCGUUCGGUAGGAUGCUGAGCUUUAAUAAGUAAGAAAACCAUAAUCGUGGUAUUUAUUUUUAAUCCGUCGACUAACAGAGAAAAAAACAUUUCUGUCAUUUCUCUUUCUUUCAUAAAACAUUGUUUACUUGCGUGUAAAUACUGUAAUAUUUAUUGAACUGUAUUUUAAGUAUUUCCUUUCAAUGGCAGCAGAACAAGCACAAAAUUGCUCCCACCUAAGCAAGCUGGGGUUCACGCAAUUUUGUACGCUAAUCGUUAGAUCAAAGAGCAAAACACAAAUCGUAGCUAACAAAUAAGUAACAAUUUGACGUGUUUUUGGAUACAUUUUUAACAGCAGUUAUAUCGAUUUUUUAAGAUGUUUUUAGCAUGUAUACAGUCAAAAUAUCUCCUAAAAAAAAUAUCGUAUCAUACCAAUAGCCGUAGUAGGAAAAGUCCCCACCGGUGACGAUGCACAAUCACAAAUAAAAAAAAACCGUGUUUAGUAUUAGGGACAUGGAGAAACACAUAAUCACUUUCAGAUACGACCGAAAUAAACUCUAUCUCUGAACUGUAACGAAACACCACUCGAAGAUUGUCACUAGUCCAGAAGCAACUUUCUAUCAGUAUAAGAUCGCAGCUUUUUAGGGCAAACUCACUUUGUAUUCAACUUUACCGAAAAUCAUCCUCGUCUUGUUACUUCACAACUCUAGAUAAAUCUAAUGCUUCCGCUUCGAGUUAAUCAAAUUUCUACGAAUCCAUUCAUAGAUGUCAUCAUCAUCAUCAUCAUUCUAAUGUCACUUAUCGCAGUGAGACCGAAGUCCAAAUUUAUAGAAGUUUAGAAGCAACCAGCCGUACUAUCAGUAAGAACAAAGUCGGCUAACAGUAUUUGCAGUUUAAAGCGAUAUACACACGUUUAGUGAAAUGUAACUUUAUUCGAACAAUUACAAAUUAGAUAUAAAUGAUAUUUCUUAAAGCAUAAUCUUUACACGAACAAAAAAACAAAGGAAUAGCUAAUAAAUGAAAUGAAUGAAAAUAACACUUUUGUGACUAAUUGUAUAAAAUUGUAUACUGACUAAAAAUAACUCGUAAAACGCCGCGCUAUGACUAAUAUCUAUACAAAUGAACUGUUGAAAUUACAGCAGAACAAAAUGGUCGAAAGUUUUUGCCUAUGUAAUUUUUAGUCUGUAGCGAAAGAAAAUAAUCAUAACAUUUUCGUUUGCUUUUCCACAACCGGUGUACCGUCAGAAAAAAAACGAUGAGAUUACUGCCGAAAUUUCAGUGGGCUAUAGCACCCAGUGCAAAAGCAACGAAAUCGUUAUUCAAAACAACAAGCAGUAGACCAAAUCGAAGCAAGCCGUGCAAAAACCGAAUGACAAGUGAACACGACAAUUAACCGAGUAACUUGCCUGGAAUAAAAAAAAAACAAACAAUUAUCAUACCUGUA